CGAAGCGAGUGCGCAACGCGGAACAUAAGAUGCGCUCCGAGCUCUCCUUGUGCGCUUUCCCCAGCAACAGCCUUUAAGGAUUAUUCUGUUUUUCCUCUUAUUAUUCGUUUGGCAUUUCGGGAGAUACUUUGCGUCCAUCUGCAGAUGCGUUUCCAGAUCCCGCGGAGAGAAGUGGGACAUGAUCACACUGCCUACGGAGUGCGCUGUGUUUAGUGUGGUUGAUCUAGUGUGGGACAAGAAGCGAGACCGUCACCCGUUCCUGCACUCAGUGCCUCCCGCGGACCCGCAGCGCCAGGCGAACCGUCUGCCCGUGAAAGUGUUGAAAAUGCUGAGCGUGCGCACCGGACACAUCCUGCACCCGGACUAUCUGCAGCCGUUACCGUCCACUCCCGUCAGCCCCAUCGAGCUGGAUGCCAAGAAGAGUCCCCUCGCCCUCCUUGCACAAACAUGCUCCCAAAUCGGGAAGUCAGAUCCGCUGUCCUCGACCAAACUCUCGGCAGUCGUCUCAGACAAAGACUGCAAAUCCAGCCCACUGAAGAUCAGCGACAUCGGGGCCGAGGACAAAUCUAGUUUCAAGGCAUACGCCAAAUCGUCAGAGAGAAAAGACACAGGUGGAGAUAAAUCCUGUUUCCGUGUACCGAGCGCCACCUGCCGGCCGGUCACGCCUCGGACGGGGAGCCCGAGCUCGUGCAGCUCCGUCUCUCCUCAACCCGGACGGCCGGAGUCGGGGGAUAAAACAGGGAAGAAGGAACGUGACGCAGCUAAAACGCCGGAUACAUCCGGGAUGAGAACCGAGAGCAACGGCGAGACAAACAAACAGGAUGUUUCCAAACCGCCCGCAUCCGACAGCAUCCCAGUGUCCUCUGCGCCAUCCGCUCUGGGAUCGGGACUCAUCGCACCGGUUUCGCCUUACAGACCGGGCCACACCGUAUUCCCCAUCUCCCCGGCCGGACUACCCUACCCCGGAGCCCUAACCGGGGCAUACGGCGCCUACCCUCAAUCCUUCCUAUCCCACAGCGUGACUCUGGACCCGAGCAAAACCGGCGGCGGUGGCGGCAGCAGCCAGUUGAUUAAUGCUCAGCUGUCCAGUGCUCUCAGCAGUAAGGCGGGGUCCAGUCCCCUCGCCGGAGCCUCUCCGCCAUCCAUCAUGUCCAGCAGCCUGUGCAGGGACCCGUUCUGCCUGAGCUACCACUGCGCUAGCCAUCUAUCAUCCAGCGGCUCGCACGACAGCGCCAUGGCCUUAAAGUCCGGAUACACCCUUAUGUAUCCCAGCCACUCUCUGCACCCGUUAUCGACCUCUACGCCCUCGUUCCCGGGACACCCGUUAUACCAGUAUGGCUUCGUGCUCCCGAACGAAUCCCAGCCGCACCUUUGCAACUGGGUUUCCAUGAACGGUCCCUGCGACAAGCGCUUCUCAUCCUCGGAGGAGCUUCUGAGCCAUUUGCGGACUCACACUGCAUUCGCGGGCGCAGAUAAGCUUGUUUCGGGAUAUCCCAACUCGUUAACCAUGGCUUGUCAUGUGCCAGGAGCCCCGCUGGCACUCAGGACCCCUCAUCACGCGCUCGGGCUCGGCACGCGGUAUCAUCCGUACUCCAAAAGCCCAUUACCGACGGGUGGCGUGCCAGUGCAGGUUCCUGCCGCCACCGGCCCGUUUUACUCUCCAUACGCUCUUUAUGGACAGAGACUGACCACUGUACCUGGGCUCGGAUAUCAGUGAGGAACGGAUUUGCUUAAGUGUUUUUGUUCGCCUCAGGACCUACUAGUGGACCAUUAUUUAUUAAAGUUAGCUUUAAAGCGAAUUAAAUAAAACAAGACUCACAUGGCUUUAUUUAAACUGUUACAGACGUAAUUCUCAAGCCACACUGUGUGAUGUCUUAUAGCCAAAAUUUGCAUGUUUAUUUCUAAAUUGACUUGAAUUAUAUUUUAAAGUUUGUGGGGGAGAAAUGUUUUUACUGUGCAACUCAGGGAAAAACGACAGCAAUUAAAGAAUAACUCAAUUCAG